CACAAAUCUACAUCCAAAUUUCAUACUUCUAAGCCAAAUUCAUUCCUUUUCUUCAUAAACACCACAAUGGCCGGAGGAAAGUCCAAGAGCAAAGCAUCCAAGAAGAAGAUCACCGCCGAGGCUUCGACAUCAGCGCCCCCGCAGUUUCCCUACCUGGACGGCUCGUUUCUUGAGUUCGGGUCAGAGGAGGAACUCACCCGGUUUCUCUUGCACUUCGCCAAGCGUCCUAUUUCUCCGCCUAGGGUGCUACCCGAGUUAUACCCUCAACAAAAGGGGUACCACGACCUCGACAAUCAACUCAAAGAGUCGGGUUUGUGGUCGUUCGUCUCCAGAAGCCGUCAAUCCUACAAUCCCGCCUACAUCCGAGCUUUCUACUCAAAUCUCCGCCGGGACGGGGACACCAUUCGCAGUAGCAUCAAUCUCUACGACAUAGAGAUUGAUUUGGUUACCUUCGCUCGGGUCGCAGGGCUGCCCACCCGCGGUGACGAUAUCGCAACAUAUGGUGGAGAUGAUUGGAUCCUCAACAACGAGGCGAUGGUCAUCCGAGAGCUUGGGAUCACCAACCUCAUCCGUCACAGCGGCGCACCAACAAUCCACUCAGCCCCGCCGGAGAAGCGUCUUCUUCUCUACAUCCUCACCCGAAUUCUACGCCCCCGGGACAGUAGCCACACAUCUCUCUUCAACGAGGAUCUCAAGGCGGUUCAUGCUAUCACCCAUGGCGCCUCGAUCAAUUGGGCAAAAUACGUCAUGAUUCACAUGGCGGAUUGCGCCUCCAUCGCCACCGAGAGGAGUUUGCCAUAUGCCUUUCUCGUCAUGGAUCUCAUCGUUGCCUCCGACAUCCACAUCGCCGGCCCGGAUACGAAGAUGACGAAGAUUUGGAUCAUCCAAGACAGCACCUUCCGGAAGAAGUCCGGUGACAGAACCGGCGCAGGACCAAGUCGGCCACCAGCCCCCGCUCCCGCCAAGGCCUCCUUACAGUCGAUAGCCGAUACUCUGAAUCGGCUAACCAUCACCGUGGACGGCAUGGGCCAAUACUUGGAGCGGAUGGAUAGCACGCUGCAACGCCAACACCACGACAUGAGGGCGUUCUUCCGCGGCAUCAACUACGUCCCGCCGCCCUUUGACAGCACCUUCCUCGGCCAAAACUAUGAAGGCGAGGACGAGGAGGAUAACUCCUAUGCUCCGUCCUCCUCCCCCGACGANGCUGUGGUUAAGGCAAAGACCAUGGGUUUUUGGCUAACCACCCACCCAGCGAUGGGAAGAUCUUCCCAUCGAUGGGUUGAUGGCUGUAGUGGAUAUUGGGCUGAUGGAGUGGCCGAGAUGUAUCGCUCUGAUUUUAUGUUUGACCAUGUUGCUCUAGCCCCUGAUCUCCUCCGGAGGUUGCAUCUUAAGCCACCAUCUCUUGAUUCAGAGCACGCUGAUAUUCCGAUAUGGACCCCUUCUACGGACGGGAAGUUCACUCUUGCUUCAACUAAGAAGCUUCUUCGACCGAGGAGGGAUGAUGAUGCUGAGGACAUUGUGCUUAAGAGGACGGGANCUGAUAUUCCGAUAUGGACCCCUUCUACGGACGGGAAGUUCACUCUUGCUUCAACUAAGAAGCUUCUUCGACCGAGGAGGGAUGAUGAUGCUGAGGACAUUGUGCUUAAGAGGUGUUGGCAGAAGCACUUACCCUGGAAGAUGUCCUUUUUUGCGUGGCGCGUGCUAGAGAGGCACCUUCCCACUGAUGAUGUCCUGACGAGAUUUGGCUUUGUUUUGCCCUCUUAAUGCCACUGUUGUUCGUCGCCAGGACGGAGACCAUUGCACGUAUUUUCUAUCAUAAGAGCUUCGCGCGGCGUGUGUGGAGUUAUUUCACAGAGUCUGCCCGUAUUGGGGGCACACACCACAGUUUGAGGACCGUUUUGAGUAUAUGGUGGGCGCAAAGGCCGAAGAGUAGGAUGCUCUCUGUAACGCCCCAAAACAUGGUCUAAAAGUUAUUAUAUAAUAAAAGUAUUUUAGAAACAAUAUCUUAACCCAACAAAAUAUUAUUUCUAUGUUUGACCAAAAAUGAAGAAAUUUUUGGAGUCAAU